AUGAAGUUGUUGCUGCUGACAUCGAUCGUAGUCUAUUCAGCGGAAACACAGUACCCCGCGUGCGUCAGCAAUGAUGGCGCAAAUGUGAAGUAUAACAUUACUAAAGAGGACCGCGACGAAGCCUUAGAUAAAUGGGCUGUAGACAACGAUUUACUUGACGUUUACCGUAAAUACAGGACCACCGUAGAAUCAGCCAGAGAAGAACGACGGAAGGCAAUUCUUGGCACGCUAGAUUACUUGCGAGGGUUUUUUGAAAGGAUUGGAGAGCUUCAAGCUAAUAAGAGUUACACCUGCACCCAGGAGUCUGAUGGAAUUCGUGAGUUAUGCUCUACGCUCAACUUUCUCGAACGUCGGCUAGUUGAUACCCUGAUGUUCGCGUACAGGACUGGCUCAAGUGAAAAGGUCAAAAAGGCACUGAGAUUGGUUCCCGACGGCAAUUAG